UAAAUGGGUGCGUGCGCCACCGGAACCAUUAAAAUAUGUGUAUUUGUUCCAGCGGGGAAGCAGUUCAGCGACGGACUCAUACCGGAUUUCGGAUUAACAACGUCAGGAUAAUAUUUACGAACGUGUUGCUGGAGAUAGCGACGCUCACGUCUUGUUCAGAAUGAGCGAAAAAACGGAGACCCUGCAGGAGUACGAGGAGCUGUUCGCCCAGCGGUUCACAGCCGAGGACCCCGAGUACCAGAAGUACCAGAACCGAGCAGCCGACCCGCCGCCCCUGGUCGAGGACUGGAGGGGUCGAGCGGGGGGGAACCAGAGAGGAAGAGACAACAGGUACCAGGACCGUCGUGGGCACAGAGGUCGUGGUUGGGGAGGAGACCGAGGCUGGGGGGGAGAUCGUCGUGAGCAGAACUGGCAUGACCGAGACAGAGACAGAGACCGAGAGAGAGACAGAGACAGAGACAGGCACUAUGGACAUGGGAGCGGUCAGUCAGGCUACAACCAAGGCUCCCAUCAACAGAGACCACAUUAUGACCGCUACUGAUCUGUUAUCUCUCAGGUGGUAUCAGUAUUCAUUCAUAUUCAACUACUUGUUAAAACAUGCAUUGCAUUAUGGCACAUGACAAUAUGCAGCUGUAUUUGUUUGUGUAGCUCUAAUUAAUACAGUAUCAAUAUUAAUACUCUAUUACCCGCUAUUAUUUGAAAUAUGUGAUGCAGUUUUAUUGUUUGAGUAAAAAACAAACAAAAAACAUACCAAAUAUAAUCAGUUUUUUUAAUUUUCCCAGAAGGAUUUCUUACUGUAGAAAACUAGCUUGUUUGACCAUCUUUCUUUUUAUAAAUAAACAAUAUGUUUGACUCGAGUUGCUUCAUACAGUAUUAAAACUUAACGUUAAAUAACAUGAGGUUCUCAAACCUUUCACAUCCUUUAGUAUAUUCAUCACAAUGUCACUAGGAAGUUUCACUGGUAGUUUGUGUCCUGACAGGUACUUGUUUUUGACAUGGUUUGAUUUGUUAUUAUGAAUUAUGCAGUACAGUAUCAGUGUUGUUGCAGAGGGUGAAUAUACAGAUGCAAUCUAUUUGUAAUCCAGCUUAUUGUUCUGUGUCACAUUGUUUCAUAAGAAUCUAAUUGUACUGUUGUCAAUAAAUGCGUAUUUUCAUAA